GGAGCUCACUACAAAUAUAUGGCAACCAGCCUGGCUGGAGCUUUUAGUCGGCUCCAAGUCUGAGUCCGGCAUGUACUAAGUUAAUACACAAUGAACCGUACGAGAUGACAUAGCUUCUGCCUCACAAUGCAUGGCUUCAAUGUGGAAUGUGGAAGAGUAUAUUGUGCAUACUUUUUAUUUGGUAAAUCACCCAUCUUCGGCUCUUUCUUUCAAGUCCUCAAAUUUUGGGCCCUAACUAUACGGACAUAUUACUCUGUUAGAAGAGUCAAAACCAUCUUUUACUUGUACGUUCAGGUUUUUACUUGCACUUGUGUACAGCGUCCUUUCUCUUUGCGGACUCCAGAGCUGUCGAAGUAUCUCUUCACUGCCAUCUCUGAUUGUUUGUAGGCAAAGGAGUUCAGGGGCACAACGAAUUCAGCGCUUUGCCCUUCAUCUUAGAUCGGGUAUUGCCUAUUACCCCUAGCGCCAUAAAAAGGCAG